CCCUAUAACGUCUAGGAAAUGACGAAGAAGAAGGACAGAACAUCCUGUUUCUGAUUUCGGCCAACAGUGUUGUUCGCAAACAGUCGAAAUGUUAAUCCGACUGUCACGGUUUGGGCUCGCGUUGCCCCGCUUAUUGUCAAAUCCACAAACUCGGUUCGUCUCCCAGUCAAAACCGAGCGGUGCCACUGUUUCGCCCGCUCUGACGGAGCUGCACCCCGUCUCGGAGAAAGCUGGACAUGAAGAGGUCAGCCCGUUUGUCAAGAAUCCAGAUUACCAUGGCUUCUCCACCGAUCCUGUGGUGGAUGAGUGGAACAUGAGGGUGGCCUUCUUCAUGGGCAUCUCAGUGGCUCUUGUCAUUGGAGGAACAUUUCUCCGCUAUUUACCAGACCAUGGAAUGCGUGAGUGGGCCAGAAGGGAGGCAGAGCGUGUGAUCCUGCAGAGAGAGAAGGAGGGUCUCCCUGUCAUAGACGAGAACUACUACGAUCCUAACAAGAUCAUUCUGCCCUCUGCUGAAGACAAGUAGCAUGUCCAGCAUUCGGAUCAUUGUGUUCACUAUGAGAGAAUAAAUUAUGUACUUUUGAACUGUGUAGAUGUUAUAUGUUGACAUUUUAUUCUUCCCUUAAUGAAAGGUAAAUCUGUAGUGACCUUUUUGAUGCCAACUUCGUGUUAGUUUCCAGUACUCGGGGGUUACAAAGACACUGGUCAGUCACAACAAAGAAUAGAGGUUUGACAUUUAGCAAUCACAAUUGUUCUUGAUCCCACUGAUUUAUGUUGAUAUUGCAGGCCUUGUCAAUGUGGGGUUAGAAACAUCAAACUAAUGAUUUUAUUGUCAUAUUUUUUUCUGUCAUAUUUCUAUGUCAAAUUUGAACAGAUUUUGAAGUAUUUUGCAUUAAUUAGGCAAUAAAGUACCAUUAGUCACUGA